CACAGCUCGCAGAGGAUUUGCCGGCGGACACAAAUCAUUCUCAUUCUUGUUUUAGUUGGCGUGGAACAUUUGUGACGAUAGGUUUAAGUGAGGUUCGGUUUACAAGACGCGACAAGACGAUCGUGUUAAAACUUGUGCUAAGUGAAAAUUAACAUUUGACGUAUCUCGAACUCAUUAGAAAUUAAUUCCUUAAUUAAAAUCGAAUAUAUUCUGACUACAAAAAUUACUUUAAUGCAUUUUAAAAGCAAGUUUUAGUGGCUGAUUCACCGGUUUUUUUUUUGCUAAGACCAUGGCGAUGUUUAGAUUGGGUUUUUCAGUGUUGCUUUGUUUAGUUCCUGGAAUUUUAGGAAUGAACAAUUUUUGUAACAGAAACAAUUACGAGAAUCUUCCUCGGAAUAAUAUGCAGUUUAGUAAAGAGGUCAACUUUAGGGAGUUUGCUGUGGUCGGGAAUCUUAAGGCCCUGCAUUGCUGUGCCAAAGACUACCACACUAUUACAUGGUAUAAAGACAAUAAAGUCUAUCCAUGGCCUCUAGAAUUGUCCACCAUGCUACUGUUUCCAGCUAGCGUUAAUCAGACUAUCUACGUCCAGUCUGUGAAACCCACCGAUGCAGGAAAUUACACUUGUGUACUGAAGAAUGAUACUGUUUUGCAUUCGCAUACGAUACAAUUAAGACUUUUUGAUAGAGCACCGGAUGAUCCACAAAUCACAUACCUGUCAGAAGAUACUGUGUUAUCUGUAGGAGAUAAUCUAAGACUGUUCUGUGAAGCUUUCGUUGGUCUGGUAGACGUUCCAGACGCACAUAGCGAAGUGUAUUGGAACAAAUUGUACCCAAACAGCACUACAUAUGAUGAGUUGCCAUCUCAUAUUAGACAUGCACAAACAGAACAAGAAGAUGGCCAAACCCUGGGAGCUUAUAUGAUAAUAGAUUCGAUACAAUCUGAAGAUUUCGGAGAAUACGAAUGCGUAAUCACCAAACCUGGAAUCACCAUUAAAAAAUACAUCAAAGUUAUUGAACGAGAAAUAGAAGUGGAGUAUUUAGACCCCAGUCCCCUACCGAUUGCAAAAUUGGCCAUUUUAAUGACUGCCAUUUUGUGUAUUUUCGUAGCUGUGGUGGUAUUGUAUCUCAAAUUUGGUUUGAAGGUUCAAGUACGCCUCAAGGACACCUUGAGUCCUUUGGAGGAUUCUGAUGGGAAGGAAAAGGAUGUAUUGGUAGUCUAUACGUCAGCGGACUCUGAAUUAGCAUUGGGGGUUUUGUUACCAACCUUAGAAGAAAAAUACAAAUACACUUGUGAUUCUAAAGAGCUGUGUCCAGAAAUUAGUUUGUGGUACAAAGACUUGUCGGAAGGAGAAAAAUACAGAAGGGUAAUUGUUGUGAUAUCGCCUGCCAUGCUGGAAGGAUCUUGGGAUCCUAGUAGACUCUUAUUAGCACUGAAACAAUUAAAAGGUUUUGGACCCAAUGUAAUUUUCAUUUCUUUGAAGGAGCUUCCGAAAACCGAGCCUGAAAUUAAGAAUGCCGAAGGGGAAACGUUGAGCGCCGUCAUAAGAUCAUUGGGAGUAAUUGUGUGGGACAGGCGCGACGAAGAAAAAGUAUGGUACUUACUACGUCUCAAACUCCCUCCCAAAAGAACGGGUUCCGAAAAGAGGACCACAGGACCCGAUACAAGACUGCGUAAUAAUUCUCAAGAAUCUAUAGGAGAAUACGUUGUGUGAACUGGUAGCUUUUAUUGUGAAAAUAUCGAUAGGUUGUAGCCAACAGUUUUGUACGUUUUAUGAAGUUACCUCAGAGUUUCUGAUUUGUUUAAAGUUUAAAUAAUAAAAAAGAUUAGGUACGGUUCUGUUUUUUUUUAUAGCUUUAAACCUUACAUUUCAACUUUUUACUUUUCUUUGAAAACAACACCACAAUUAAAAAGAAAUAUAUCUUUUCUUACGGUUAUAAAAAAAGAUUUGGUUUUUCUAGCUAUGAAUUAUACACACUUUGCAAGAUAUGUAUGAGACCUGAUCUACCUUAGUGGCUAUUUGUACACCAUAAGAGUAAGGUAAUAUGGACGCUAUAGAGUUUAAAAUGAAUUAUUGUAGUAACAAAGAUUACCAAACAUCAAAACAGUUUGAAGUGUUACCAGAUAAAAUGUAUUGGACAAAUCAUAGACUUUUAUUAUGAAGACAUUGCCUGAAAUUGAAACUGCAGGAUAAUAAAUCUCAGGACUAUCUUUGACUCUUCUUUACCAGCUAUAUUUCGUUAUUUUGAAUCGGAAGAUUGGGUUUACCUAUACUCAAAUAAUAUUAUGUAUAUAAUAAAAUUUUGUAUUUUUUUAUAUAAAUAAAUGUAAUAUAGAUAAGGCCAGUAUAAAAAUCCAUAGAAAAUAUAAUAUAAUCAAUAUUAGAUAACAAGAGAAGAGAAUAUUAAGAUCAAGUUCAGUAACUCGAGUGUAGCGAAGAAUAUAUGAACAAUAUAGUAAACUAUUUUGACUAUCUUCUAACUUAAAAUUAAAGGUGCUUGAAUCCUUACAAUAAUUUCUAUACUAUUAACUUGAUAUUUAAAUAAAAUCAAUCAAGUUACUAAUAUUUUUAAAGUGUUAUAUAUAAUAAUUUUGUUAUUUAUGAUGGUAAUUAUGAUGUAUAUCAACAUCAAUUGGUCAAAAGAUCUUAUGAAUCGUAAAGAUAAGUUUUCUGAUAAUAUCGUACUGAAUGCGCCAUUUCUUACUGUUUUGAUAGGCAUAAUAUACAGGAAUGAAAUAGCUUUGUAAUUAAUACUUGUGAAUACAUUGAAUAUAGCAUUUCUGCCCUAAAGAAGUUAUGGAAAUAGUAGAUGUAAUACUUGUAGAGUCUGUUGUAGUUUUCAAUAUAUUUUUUUACUUUAUCUUUAGACUGUGUUAUAAUGUAAAUGUUGUAUUUGAAAAAUUCUUUAUCCUAUACACAAAAGAAUGGAAAUUGUUCUAAAGGAACUCAACUUACCAUUAUCUUGAAGUAUAGUUUGUCUAGAAAGACCUCUAACCUUUGGAAAAUAUAAGACUAUUGAUAUUGGGAAAAAACGUGACAAAACCUAUUUUGUAACAAUAAUGCAGAUCUUAGAAUUAUGAAAACGUACAAAACUGUUCAUAUGCAAAUUAGACAAUUAGAAUGUGUAUCUGUAUAUAUUUAUUCCUAUUUAAUAUUUUCUUUUUACCUUAUAUUUGUUUUAUUUAAAGUUAUGCUGCUAAGAUUACUUAUACGGUACGUGUUGAACAUAUUCAUGUUUUUUGAGACAUUUAAGAGUUGUGGCGUAAAAUUUUCUUGAAAGUAUAGAUCUUGUCGGUGUACUAUAAGAUUAGUUAACUAGAUAAAUGUGUUCAAUUCUAUAAAAUGUGUUGAUGUAAUAGCAAAUUAUACAAUUACAUAUUUUAACUGUGCUAUUAAUAAUAUUGCAGGUUAUAUUUAUGCAUACGAGGUCUGUUCCAAAAAUAUUUUUGGGGCUUUCAGUGUAAUUGACUAAGCAUAAAGGUUAAUAACAACUAUAACAAGGUCUCGAAGGGAUCCGAAAUAUAUAGAGAGAAGAUAAAUUUGUAGUAUUCUCUCUAUUUAUUAAAGGAAAAGAACACAAUGCCUAUGUACUUCUAUACUGCUUCACAUUUAGUCAUUUCUGCCCAUAAACUUUUGUAAAAGUUUACAUUGGCGCCUUCUGUUAACCUUAAUUUGCUAUAUGUAGCAAAACAGAAUAGAAAUGAACAUUGUCUUACAAAUGUUACAUGUUCUAUAAGUCUGUUAAUAUACCAGAUGGAUUUCCCUCACAAAAACGGAUACAUAAAUAUUCAAAAAUGUUUUAAUUACUUACUUGUAUAUUUUAUGUAAAUUGGCAGCAAUGUUUAUCUAUUAUGGCAGGCGGGUAAUUAUUUUACCAGGAAAAGAAACUGGUUUUGACUGCUUCCCGAAUAUGUCGAAAGUUAUUAUUUGUAUCUCUGUAUUUUAUCAACACAGCUGGCAAUAAAAAACCAUAUUUUUUUAAUUAAUACAUGGAAAAACAACUUCUUAGAAAUAUCAGGUAUUAUAUUAUAACUGUUCAGAACAUCAAUAUUCGCGACAAUUUUUUCUCUUGCGUACUUCGAAUUUUUCGCAACAAUUACAUUGUAUCAAUAAUGAGAAUAUUUAUUUGUAUAAUAGAGUAUUCUCACGGCAUUCGAUAUUUAUGUAAACGUGAUUUUUGCUAACCUUGUUGUUGCAUUAUAACAACUUAUAUAAAUAAUUUAUCGAAAACAGACAAUUUACUAAUGAGUCAUUAUUCACUGCUUUGUCACAUUGUUUCCAAAUGUUAAUUAUCAGUCCUUUCUAAAUUAAAAGCCAGAUUAUGAAAAAUCGAAGACAGUUAUGAAAACUCAAAAAAUAUCCAAAACUGAUCACUUUUCUGUUCUUUUAUAAAUUGUGCUCCUUUUUAGUAAAUUAAGUUUUCUGGAAUACCGAAGAAUGGCUCAUACAACGGAUCAUGAAUGCGAUACAAUAUAUACAGUGUGUCCCGAAAAGAUUGGACAUAAAUUAUACCAGACAUUCUGGAGUCAAAAAUAGUUCGAUUGAACCUAACUUACCUUAGUACAAAUGUGCCCAUAGUUACAGCCCCAGGUCAUAAAUUAAAGUACAUAUUAUUUUGAGACCAAGAAUAGUUCGAAUGAACCUAACUUACCUUAGUACAAAUGUGCACAUAAAAAAAGUUACAGCCCUUUGAAGUUACAAAAUGAAAAUCUAUUUUUUUCAAUAUAUCGAAAACUAUCAGAUUUUUUAUUGAAAAUGGACAUGCAUCAUUCUCAUAGGAGGAGCAUCGUAAAACAAAAUUAUAGUGAGAUUUGUCCACCCCAUAAAAAUUUUAUGGGGGUUUUGUUCCCUUAAAUCCUCCCUAACUUUUGUGUACGUUCCAAUUAAUUCAUUAUUGUGGUACAAUUAGUUAAACACAACGUUUUUAAAACUUUUUUGCCUCUUAGUAUUUUUUCUAUAAGCGAGUUUUUAUAGAGAUACGGGUUCUUUUUUAAUAUAUUUACAUAUAAAUUUUAUGGGGCUUUUAUUCCUUUAAACAAUUAAACUAGUUCCAAUUAAAUUAUUAUUGUGGUACCAUUAGUUAAACACAGUGUUUUUAAAACUUUCUUGCCUCUUAGUCUUUUUUUGAUAAGUCACCUUUUAUCGAGAUGUGGCUUCUUUUUCAAAAUAUACCCAAAAAUGUACAUUAUAAAUAAAUUUUCAGAUUAUAACAGGUCUCUAUAAUCGUACUUAACCAUAUACAAAUAUGUGUGGAUUCGACAAAUAUUCAAAAUAUCUCGAUAAACACUGGCUUAUCGAAAAAGUACUAAGAGGCAAAAAAGUUUUAAAAACACUGUGUUUAACUAAUGGUGCCACAAUAAUAAUUUAAUUGGAAUGUACACAAAAGUGUGGGGGGGGGGGGUUUAACGGAACAAAACCCCCAUAAAAGUUUUAUGGGGUGCACAAAUUUCACUUUAAUUUUUUUUAAAGAUGUUGCUGCCAUAAGAAUGCUACAUGUGCAUUUUCAAUAAAAAAUCUCACAAGAGUUUUCGAUAUAUGAAAAAUCAUCGAUUUUCAUUUUGUAACUUCAAAGGGUUGUAACUUUUUUUGUGUGCACUAUUGUAUAUAGGUAAGUGAGGUUCAAUCAACCUAUUUUUGACCCCAGAAUCUGUGGUAUGAUUUAUGACCAAUCUUUUCGGGACACCCUGUAUAAUUUCUUCGUUCAUAAUGAAAAAUUAAAAAAAUUAUUGUAUUUGAUAUGUUAUUUAAUGUUUUUCAUUUCUAGUUUGAACUGAGUAUUUGAUUUUCUUUUUAGUAUUAUUAGAUCAGUAGAAGAAGGAAAUAACUUUAAAAUGUGCGAUGAAGCUUUCCUAGGUGCUUCCCAGGUUGAGAUAUAUCACCCAUUUAAAUUCUAGCACUUAAUACACAAGCGUGUAAUUAUGCAAGUGUAUAUUAGUAUAUUUAAAAACAGUAUCAAAAUGUGUUCUUUUAAAUACCAAAUAAGAUAAAAAUUAGUUAGCAUUGCACAAUUCUGGAUUAUUUUGGACGAGCGAUAUAUCUCUUGAUUGAACUUUACUAUUAUACAAUAAAUUCAAAAAAACUGACUAACACGACCGAGAGACAACUCUAUUUUUCCUCUAAUAUUAUUAUUGAUAACCAAGUUGUAUCUGUUUUUGAAAGGCAACAGUCUUCACGUCUUUUGAUUUGUUUAUGCUCAGUUUAUACAUAUAGUUAAGGCUGAUUUAUCUUACGACGGGACGUGGACGAUACGGCUGCCUUACGAGGCACGUUGAAGAAUCGUUUAAUAUGAAAAGCAUUGGCUAGUUUAUGUUACAACGGGACGGAGCGACAACAGGGACGUGCGCUGUCUAUUGUUCUACGCCCCGUGCCAUCCACGUCCCGUUGUAAGAUAAAUCGGCCUUUAUUUACUGUAUUUAAUGAGAAUUGAGCACAAUUUGAGUUAAAAAUGCGUUUAUUUUGACGUUUCGACUUCCACUUCAGAAACUGUUAUAAAAUUUCCAAAAUGAAAAUCGAAACGAAGGUAGAUCUAUUUUCAACUCAAAUUAUGGGUAAUUUCCAUGAAAGAUAGUAAUUAUUAACAACAAAUGACAUAAGAAAAUAGCUUCAGAACAACUUUUUAGGUAUUGAACCAUCUUCAAAAUUAUUAGAAUCUGUACUUGACGUGACUUGAACAUAUUUAACGAAUAGUGUGACUAUUAUUUAAGUGUGUGACCAUGUUUCUAUAACAAGAGCAAAUUUUGCAAAUUCAGUUCUUCUAGCAUUGAAAAUUUUUUCGCCACAGCUCUUUUUAUAAUCUACAGUGUGGCACAAAGUUGCGGCAUUAAUGUAUUAUGGAUGUUUUUGGUGAUUAGACAAGUUGCUUGGUUUGAUGGUUAUAAAAAUAAAAUAUUUUAUAAUUUUUAUAGUACCAUUCAGUAUAAUAAAAAAAUCAGUCAAGCGGAUUUUACUUGUGCCAUGAAAGUAGAUCUCAUUUUGAUAUAUUAUUUCGUGUAUCUUCAGAAAUAUCAUGUAUGUUUUAAAAUAUUUAUUAUUGAAUGGUUUUGAUAUGAUCUGUCCACUUCGUAGGGUGUUCCUUUUAAAAAUAUGUGUUUAGCACCCUAUUGCAGAAUGAUUGCUGUUAACUAUGAAGAUACAUGUCCAAAUAUCAAAAUGAUACGGCAACCUCAAAAGCUAGGAAACUUGUGCCACUCUGUAUUUAUUAAAUGUCAAAAGUAUUCCGAAUUUAUUAAAAUAAAUGUAUGUAUAUUGUUAGUGGUAUUUAUUAUAAUUUUGUAUUAUAACGAAAAUUCGUGUCUACUCAUUAAGUAUUUAUGGACUGAGAUUUGUAUUAAUAAAGUCAUUAUAAUAUUUUGAUAAUGCAAAUUAUUGAACUUAUAAAAAUCGUUAUUAUAAGUACUAUAUUUUUGUAAAAUAUUUCUUUUAAAUGCAGUAAAUGUGUCAAAAUAAUUGAAUAAACGUUAUUAUGAAGGAA